CUGAGAUCCUCUGUUCUCAUUGGCUGACGUCGUGACGCUGUACGUGCGUAGGCGCUUCCUGAACUUGACUCGCAGAAACAGCAAAAUAGAAGAUGUUGGUCCUGGUGUUAGGUGACCUGCACAUCCCCCACCGGUGCAACACCCUGCCAGCCAAGUUCAAGAAGCUGUUGGUGCCGGGGAAGAUCCAGCACAUUCUCUGCACAGGAAACCUCUGCACCAAGGAGAGCUAUGACUACCUGAAAACCCUCGCUGGAGAUGUCCACAUAGUCCGAGGAGACUUUGAUGAGAACCUGAACUACCCGGAGCAGAAGGUGGUGACAGUUGGCCAGUUCAAGAUCGGUCUCAUCCACGGCCACCAGGUGAUCCCGUGGGGCGACAUGGCCAGCCUGGCGCUGCUGCAGAGACAGCUGGACGUCGACAUCCUCAUCUCCGGCCACACACACAAGUUCGAGGCAUUUGAGAACGAAAACAAGUUCUACAUCAACCCUGGUUCUGCCACGGGAGCCUACAGUGCACUGGAAAGCAACAUCAUCCCCUCUUUUGUAUUAAUGGACAUCCAGGCGUCCACAGUAGUAACGUACGUUUAUCAGCUGAUCGGCGACGACGUGAAGGUGGAGAGAAUCGAGUACAAGAAAUCUUAAGGGACGUCAUGAGGAGGAAGAGGAGAAGAGUUGGGUUAACGUGGCUCAGUUUCUCAUUUCAUUCCUUUCCACCGGGGGGCAGCAGCUCCCCUACAGUCACCACAAUGUUAAUCCUCAAACUGCUGAGUAACUUAACUCUAAA